AUGUCUGUCAAUCGUAUCGUUCAGCUUGGGUCUCUGAUUGCGAUCAAGGCUUCCGACAUCGAUUCAAAGCUGACCGCUGCGGGCGUUGCGACUCCAAGCUUCAAGGCACAGACGAGUGUUAGCAAUUUUGCUAGCCUCGAAGAGAUAGCAGAGUCCCGCGUCGCCAUUCUUGAGGCAACAGACGAGCUCCACUCCCUUCUACUUGGACCUGUCGGCCAAUUGACAAGUCACUCGGGUUUCAAUCUCGCCCAUCAGACGAAUCAAUCAGCCUUCCAGAGACUGACCAGCCAUGUCGAUAGUCGGGCUCGCUAUGAAGCGGCAAUGCAAUGGUUUCACGCUGACCCCGGACUUCGCGCGGAUCAUAUUCUCUGUGGCUAUCCAUGGCGCUCAAUACCAGAACAAACUGUCGUCGACGUUGGUGGCUCUCAUGGUGCGAUAGGUAUAGCUAUCGCAGAAGCAUAUCCGACACUUCGACUGAUCGUGCAGGAUCAAGCCGAUGUGGUUCAAGCAGGCAGCGCAAGACUCCCUCUUGAUUUGAAAUCACGGGUGAGUUUCAUGAUACACGAUUUCUUGGAGUCUCAGCCGGUGGGUUAUGCCGCUGUAUAUAUCUUACGAUGGGUCUUGCACGAUUGGUCGGACGCCUAUGCAACCAAGAUAUUGAAGGCUUUGCGGCCGGCUUUAAAACGGGGAGCAGCGAUACUGAUCUGUGAACUAAUAAUGCCGGAGCCGGGUACGGUCAGCAUGUAUGAAGCCAGGAGUAUGAGGUCUAUGGACAUGGCGAUGCUUGAAUUUCACAAUGGCAAGGAGCGUGAUAGAGAAGACUGGGUAAAUCUGUUGCAAAGAGCGGAUGAACGAUUUUGUAUUGUCAACGUUAGACAGCCGCCAGGAUCACGACUGUCGUUUAUUGAGGUCCGCUGGGACGUCCAAAGUAACGGUCCAGGACAUCAAGAGGACGGAACUCUGUAA